CGCGCACUGCCGUCACUUCCUGUUGUUGCUGGUGGGGGGUGUUCACUUCCGGCAGUGGCUGGCCUGCCUGACGGGAAUUCAGCAUAUGGAAGAUCAAAUAAUAUUCUAAGAAUCUACAAAUGGAAUCAGAAGUUAAAGAAGGUGAAGAAGAGAGCCUGCAAACAGCUUUCAAAAAAUUAAGAGUGGAUCCUGCUGGCUCUGCCUCUUUGAGUGAAGGACUGAGGGCUCCAGUAAGAACUGCUGUUGAUGGAGGCAGGCAUCAAUCUGGCUGUUCAAGGGAAACUUGGCAUGGGUGUUCAAGGAAACCCAUAAGAGGGGCAACAAGGCCACAGCGUCGCAGGCGCUCCAAAUCUCCUGUCCUGCAUCCCCCCAAGUUUACAUACUGCAGCAUGAAAGCAUCUUCUGCGGGUAACCAGCUGAAGCACAAAAGCCAGAUUGAUGCUUCAAAGAACAAAACUGGUCCAGAUCCUGUUGUUACGGAAGAGCCACACUUGGGAGGAAAGAGAUGCCCGCUUUUCGACAGAAGCAAGUGCAGUAGAGGCAGAGAGGAACACCAGUGCACUUUUAGCAGUGAUCAGCCUUUGGAGAACUCGAGGAAGACUUGUCCUGCCUUUUCUUUGACAUUUGAAAGCCACCUGGAUCCCAGCCAACCAUCAGAUUUCCAGUCGCUUUCCAAGCUGAGUAAUGAGAAGCAAUGCCCAUGUGUGGACAAGGAAUGCGAAUGCAAACCAUGGCACGCAAUAAAAGCAUAUUCAUUCUCUGGUUUGCGGAGCGUCUUGUCGGAAUGUGAAAAGGCCGUCUUGGAAGUCCGUUCACACUCUUUGCCAAACCGAUCACCAUCUGGUAUGGGUUCCUCAGGUUCUGCUCGGUCUUGUUCUGAGCAGGCUCGGGUCUUUGUGGAUGAUGUGACUAUUGAAGAUCUUUCGGGGUACAUGGAAUAUUACUUAUAUAUUCCCAAGAAAAUGUCCCACAUGGCAGAGAUGAUGUACACUUGAUUUGAGAGUUAUGCAUGGGUUGGAAACCCAGUGGUGGUAGUGAGAUACUCCCUCAGUGCCAUGAUUGGAGAUGUGUUCAUUUGUCAUUGCGGCAUGUUUGAUCAAAACUUUAUUAGCUCCAUGCAGCAUAGUUUUUUAAAUAAAGUUUUAAAAAGAGACAAUUUCUGUAAUAAAGAUGCAUAAAAUUAUCCUGGGUUUAGUUUCCCCCUUGGUUCAUUCUGAUAUUAAAUCAGUUUCUUGAAGUAACAGUUUAAAAAAAAAAAAUACUGCUCUGUCUAAAUUUGAAUGUGCUCAGGGCCCAGGAAAUUCUAAUCUGCAAUUGAAAAUUAUUGAGCUGCAUUGUGAUAUAGAUAAGCCAUUUCAAGGGACAAAAAAGUUAAUGUGUUUCCUUACUGCUCUUUUACAGAAAAAGCAGGUUUUCAGGUCAGACUGAACUGAGAUUGUGUAAGAAGCGGUUUGGCAUGAGAAGGGAUGUGCAUAACCUCUCUGAGCAGUUUUGCUGGCCUGCAACCCUUCUGGCUUUCUUUAAUGCAUCAGUUGCUUUGCCUGGAGAGAGCCCUACAAAUCAAUUUCGAAUACUUUGGCCAACAUGAAUGUUGGUCAGCAUUUCAGUGAGAAGUGUUAUGUAUAGGCUUUAAAAGAAAACAGCCCCAUACUGUACUGCUCCCUAUUCCUGAUAGUGCUCCAAUCCUGGAUUUUCUUGUUGAAAGAUUCUCCUCAUUUUGAAAGGGUACAGACUUUAGUUUCAAAAGGAGUCUUGCACUGUUUCUUUGUCGGCCACUGUUCUACUCUUCCUUCAUUAUUUUCUGUUACUUCAAAGUAGAUUCUUAUGCUGAAUUUAUGAAUGAUUAAAAGUGGACUUAAAUCCAAAAGCACUGCUAUGGACACAUUGUGGACAUUUGUUGAGUUAUCAGAUUUCGGCUUCUUCUUAGCAAGCGUGGUAAUAAGUGUUGAGGGAUAUUGCUAGAUUUCAUUUGGAUAUGUCAAACACAUUUAUCCUGCUUUUUUAUCAGUGGAUAAGCCAUUUGCAGCCUGAAAAAGGUCUGCCUCCCUCUCCCCUUCUAUAGCACCUUACAAAGGAAAGUAGAUUAAGGCUUAAAUCUGAUUGUUUAUCAACUAGAGUAAAGGCACUGAAUCAAUGGGAGCUUGGUAAGUCUGUGCUGUGUAUGUUCCAGUGGUUCAUUGUCUAUUCUAGAUGAGACUUAACAGCUUGAUUUAGGCCUAACAAUACAAAUCUACAAAUAAAGAAUGAAGGUUAAAUAUGUUGCACAAGCUUACAAAUUAGGCCAAAGGGAAAACUCUGUUCCACUGAUUCUUCUUUAUGCCUUUCUUAAAGUUGAGGUAUAAUGCUCUCUUUACAAAAAAUUAAAAUAUUGUGCUCUUGUUGUGAAUUUUGUAGUUUGUUUCUAAGCUAGUACAAUUUACCUAUGAGUCUGAAUAUUGAAAGCAGCCAUUUAUAUCAUGAACCUCUAGUAAGAGGAACAUGGACAACUAGCCAAAUGUUUCCAAACAUAGCCACAAAUACAGGCCCCUGGCAAGAGGGAGUCUAGAAAGAAAUCAAUGUUAUUUUUUAGGAUUUUAAAGAAAGUGAUUUGGAUGAGCAUAGUGUUCUUGAACGAGAAAGAGAAAAGAAAGUGGAGCAGCUAAAAAUGUUAUUUGCUUAAGGUCCUAUACCACUCCUGCCUUAAAAGAGAGAAUUAGUUACUAGAAAAGAUGGGUCAGAUAAGCAUGUGGAUGAUUUCAUUUCUUGAUGCGAAGCUGUGCCAUGCAAAUCCCAUUGAAAUCAAUGCUGUACUUUGAAACGUAUCUAUGCCAUACAAAUCCCAUUGAAAAUGAGUCCGACAAUUUGCUUUCUUUUCACAAAAACUUGUAUAGGAGGACUUACUAACGGAUUGUGUUCUUGAUGACUAUGUCAUAUAAGCUGAAUAUGUGGCCUGGCUCCAUAGCCUGCGGUGAUCAAUGUACAUGUACACAUUGCCACUUUUUGCUGCAGUUGUUUACAUGAUAUAGAGGUGUUUCCUCCCCUGGAUGUCAGUAUUAGUCUCUGCACCAUGGUGUCUAAUUAUUGCUGUAAAACUUUUUAAAGGAUUUAAUUAA